AUGACCCAAGCAAUGGGCUCGAAAGAGGCGGCUGCGUACCUGAUUGACCCAAUGAACGACCCAGAGCCGUCCGCAGAGACGGGUCCUGGAACACACUUCGGCAGCACCUUUGCUCCAGCUCCAGCGCAGAAGACAUCCAGUCCUACCACUCCACCACGCACAUCGCUCAGCUCAAACAACCCUUUUCGCGAUAGCACUGAGAAGCGACGAUCGCCCAAGGCAUCACCCAACGGCAAGAACGUUGCCUCCGCCUCCGAGCGACCUAUCAGCCAGCGCAGCAGCCCGCGUGAACGAUUUCCCGACUACCGCGCGGAAGCCUUCAGCGACUACAAGGAGUCUCCACGACGUCGUUCGCAACCACCGCCAUCUUAUGAUGAUGCGACUGCCUCUGCGAGCAACUCAACAGCCCACCGCCACCGUCGCCGCACCAGCUCGCUUAAGGAGCGCUACCCAGGCGAUCGCAGCCACGAACCAUUGGAGAUCCUCCGUAGGGACAGCAAGAAGGCCUACCGUAGCCCUCACUUGAGGAAAAAUCAUAUUCCGGGUCCAGACACCAUCGACCGCCUUGAUCCUGCCAUUGCAGGCCGUGCAUACCAUCACGAAGGCCCAUAUGACGCGGCGCUGCUAGCGAGGAACACCAGUUACGAGAACUCGCCUCUGGCAGCGUUGAAGACCAGCAACGACGAGGCCCUGAAGGCUACUCCACAAGAAAGCAUUAAGGAUGCUGUGGAGCGUCACAAGCCGCUCGAUGGAGUGGCGAGCGUACCCCCGGGAAUGCCUGAUAGGUUCGGCAGGACGUACAACUACGAGGAGGGCGCAGAUCUCAUGCAUGAAGAGAACAAUGAUGGGCCAGGCUACAAGCGCUGGGCCGGAAAGGAUUACUCCCCUGACGACCUCAAAGGCGAAAGCGAACCUGCAUUUUCCCUCGACCGUGCUCUAAGGGCUCACAAAAUCAGCGACAGCGGUAUCGAAUUGCAAGAAGGCACCCAUUUGAUGAAAGACUACAGCAAGAAGAAGGAGAACGGAACGCUGGACAAUAGAGACCCCGUGCACAUUGCAGGCGACGAUGCCAAGUACGCCGAUAUGCAGUUUGCCAACAGCCACGAUACAGAUGCCGGGGUUCGACGCAGUGGAAGCCUUCGCGAAGGCUUGAAGAAGCGCAUUGGCAGUCUGAGGAAGAAGAGGGCGGACAGCUGA